AUGAUUGAGCCCUUCUUGGGAACCUGGAAGCUUGUCUCCAGUGAAAACUUUGAAGAAUACAUGAAACAACUGGGAAUGAGUGUUACGGCCCGGAACCUGGCCGUAACGAGAAGUGCGAAGCCGACAAUCAUUAUUAGUGCCAGUGAGGACAGGGGGAACAUCAAAACGGAAAGUUCUUUCAAGAACUCUGAGAUCUCCUUUAAGCUGGGAGAAGAAUUUGAUGAAACCACUGCUGACAACCGGAAAGUGAAGAGUAUCAUAACAGUAGAUGGUGGCUCAAUGAUUCAUGUCCAAAAAUGGCUUGGCAAAGAGACAACAAUCAAAAGACAGAUUGUAGACGGAAAAAUGGUAGUGAAAUAUACCAUGAAUAAUACUGUCAGCACUCGAGUUUAUGAAAAGGUAUGA